ACUCGACCCACUUUCCCCUUCCAACUUCCAAUUCACUCUGUUAAAAAGGAAAAAUUAGAGCCUUUUUUCUCCUUCCAAUUCCAUUAAACUCCCAGCUUUCGAUAAAAGGGAAGGAUAACUGGACUGAGAAUAAGAGAAAGAAACCAAUGAACGUGAGCCGUCCGGUGGUGCAUCCGGUGGAGGCUCCACCGUUUACGGACGCGGCAGUGCACCAUCCUAGAGUGAGGAUGAAGGACGUCCAAGGCAUGCCUGGAACUAAAGGCGGCCUCUUUCUGCGUCUUUCCCAGUUCAUGUUUGCCAUCAUUUCUGUCUCUGUAAUGGCCACCACCGAUGAUUUCCGCUCCGCCACCGCUUUUUCCUACCUCGUUCUUGCUGUUGGGUUGCAAAGUUUGUGGAGCCUGUCCCUGGCAUUUGUUGACAUAUAUGCUCUUUUGGUGAAACGAAGCCUGCAGAAUUACAUAGUAGUCCGUUUGUUCACCAUUGGCGAUGGGAUCACUUCGACCCUUACAUUUGCUGCUGCUUGUGCAUCUGCUGGUAUCACAGUCCUGAUUGGUAAUGAUCUUGAUAAAUGUGCCAUGAACCACUGCACUAAGUUUGAGACUGCUACAGCAAUGGCUUUUAUUAGCUGGUUUGCCAUGUCACCAUCCUUUCUGUUGAAUUUCUGGUCAUUGGCAUCCCAGCAAUGAUUGUACAUUGUAAUGUUGUGCAGCCUUUUCAAUCUGUUGUAUUGUUGAUUGCACCAACAGUGUAUAUAUACCAUUUUUGCUAAGGGUUUUUUUUUUUUUUUUCAUUUUGAAUACAAUUUUUAUAUCUUGGAGGGAAAAACCAUUAAAUUAUAAAUUACUUAGCAUUGCUUCCCCCUUUUCU